AGGCUGGGGCGGAGAGGGCGGGUCCUCUCACCUUGGGCCCGCGGGGCCUGCGCCGACGCGGAAUCGGGCGCCGGGAGGACGCCAGGGGGCGCUGGACGUCGGAACCGUCGGGCGGCCGUGCGGACGGGGGACCGGUUUGGGGACGGACCGGAAGCGCCUGAGCACGGCGGCGGAAUGCUCCCCUGAGCAGCUGGGGCUGCCACCCACAGACCAUGUUUCUGGCGCGCCUGACUUCUCAGCUGGUCAAGGCUGUCCCCUGGGCAGGCUGCAGUCGGCUCUGGCCUGUCUCAGGGGUGCUGAGCAGUCAUGCCCACAGGCCCCGAUACAGCAUGCAGCCAACGGGCCCAAGCAGGGCUGCCUCCCUCCCUGGCAAGGGAGCCCAGCUAGAGCUUGAGGAGAUGCUGGUGCCCAGGAAGUUGUCUGUUAGCCCCCUGGAGAGCUGGCUCACUGCCCGGUACCUCGUGCCCAGACUGGAUGCUGGGGCCCCUGGGACUGCGCCUUCAGCCCAAUUUUACGAGUGUCCACCUAGCCAGGUGGCGGAAGGGCCCACACAGGAGGGUGAGGGAGUCUGGGAUGCACCUCACAUGCAGUGCAAAAACGUGCUGAAGAUCCGCCGGCGGAAGAUGAACCACCACAAGUACCGCAAGCUGGUCAAGAGGACACGGUUCCUGCGGCGGAAGAUCCGGGAAAGACGCCUGAAACGGAAGCAGAUCAAGUUCGAGAGAGACCUGAGGCGCAUCUGGCUGAGGGCAGGCCUGAAGGAGCCUCCUGCGGGCUGGCAGACCCCCAAGAUCUACCUGAAGGGCAAAUGACUCUGCGUCCCUCUUCCCUGCCCCUGUUGCUGCUAGUGACCCAUUGUAAUAAAUGUUCAGAGGACUCA